AUGUUUCAAAACAAGAUCGUGGACGAGGUCAGAGAGCUCGUGAUUCAAGACUACUUCGCGGUUAUGAUGCUGAUUGUUGUACGGCUUCAAGUGUUGAGUGAAAGAUUAAUUAAACUGGGUGGUAAACCAGUUGAUGAUUCCGGUUUGAACGUUUUGAGUCUGGUUUUGGUGAGACUUGAAGAAUGUAAGGAGAGCUUGAGCGGGUAUUUCUGGCGUUACAGACGUCUUGCAGAAGAUUUUUGGUGUUUGGCUGAGAUGUUGAAGGCCGAAACGGCAAAAGACAAUAAGGAGAUGGUUGAAUUCGUCGGUUCGGUUCAGAUAACGGUCAAAGACGAUGAGGAAAUGGUUGAAUUGGCCUGUUCUGUUCAGAUCGAAUGGGUAACAUUGGACGACACCGAGACGGCAACACAUGAGGUGGUGCCAUGGGAUUCCAAAUGGGUAAAAUUUGAUGAUCCAAAUGGAUUGACGAAUGAAUCGGUCUGGCUAAGUCCGUGUACGACUGGGUUGAUCCACUAA